CACCAUCACCCAUUCACCCCCUAAUUCAUCCUUACCUUCAUUUUCACGUAAACAUUUCAACAACAAAACAAGAUUCUUCAAUGUUCCACAGACCAGGGUGUUGACUGUGUUUUCUUGAGCAUCCGAAUCUCCUUCCCGAAAACUCUUUUUUAAGCUCAAAGUUCAAACAUUUCAGCAAAAUUAAACCAACCCAUUUCCCCCAUUCAAUCAUAUUACACUUCACUUUCACUCUUUCACUUCCCCCACAAUGCCGAGUCACUCCGACUCACCCAACUCGCCCACCAACCCACUGAGUCAACUCGCUCAAAGCAUGUUCUCCGACAAUAACAACAGCAACAUCAUGCUUGCAGCCAUCGUUUCCUUGCUCCUAGUCAUUCUAUUUGUCCUUCUACUCCACGUGUACGCCAAGUGGUUCUUGUUCCAAACACAAUCACAUUCACAUGUUCGCCGCCGGCGAACUCCGGCGACCGUAUCCGGCGUUCCGGAACCUUCCCACUUCCACAACAUCAACAUAGAAGACUUGCCCAUCUGCACCAAAGGCCUCGACUCUGCAAUAGUUUCAGCAAUUCCCCUGUUUGUGCACGAAACAGAGAAAACGGAGGAAUUGGAAUGUGUCAUUUGUUUGAGUGUUAUUGAAGAGGGUGAAAUUGGAAGAAGCUUGCCAAAGUGUGGCCACGCUUUUCACGUGGAUUGCAUUGACAUGUGGUUGAGUUCACAUUGCAAUUGCCCAAUUUGUAGAGCUCCUAUUGUGAUGAGUAACAAUUCUCAAUUGGGUUCUGUUGAUGAAGAUGGUGGUGGUGGUGAUAAUGAUCAUGCAGUGAUUGAGAUCGUGGUUGUUACUCCAGGUUAUGAUGAGAUUACUGAGAGUGAGCGUGGGGAUGAUAGUUAUGAAGGUGGUAGAGUGAGUGGUUCUGUUUCUGAAACUUCUUCAUCUUUGAUUGGUUGUUCUUUGAAGAGAAUGCUAAGCAAGGUUUUUCUGUCUUCCGAUGUAAGUGAAUUAGAUGGUUCAGAAUGA